AUGGCCCAGCAGCUUCGCGCUGAUGAGCAAGCGGGACCCAGCUCGCAGCGAUCCGCCAGCAUGCCAAACGUGCUCGCGAACUCGAAUGCUCACCAGCGCCGCUACGACGAAAACACCGAAUCCUGGGUCGAAGUCGCUUCUCAGCCAUCGUCCUCGUCGCUCUCCAGCAUCGGCGACGAAAUCGUGACAACUGGACUGCGCGUCGGGAGCUCUUACAACCGCCGCCGACGAGUGCAGGCUCCCGCGAGAUCGGUGCCGCGUAUACAGACAACCAUCCCCGUUACGGGCACAGGCAGCCAAGAUGAAUACGACGAAAGCGACAGCGAGGAAGAUCAUGUACUCUCCAGCUCGACAGAGAAUAUGCAGCCGUCACCGGAGGAGGAUAUGGAGGACUCUGACGGCGAGUCUGACGGAGACGCGGGCACGGCGUUGGGCCAAGCACAUAACCAACCCGUCUUUCGACCGCAGCCAAACGCAUUCUCGCAUCCUCCGUCACACCAGCGAAGCUACUCGUCUAAUGCAGCCAUGUCCCCGCAUCCUCACAGAGACUUUACCCGUCCGUCCUUCUCUCAGCGCUCGCAUACGAGAGUGCAACGUGGACCCAGCUUUAUGUCGCCGUCGGUUCGGGAAGAUAACGACGCGGCUCUCCGUGCGUCUUUGACCACUCUCCUGUCAUGCGCUGCAGCAGCUAGGGGUCUGCCCAAGAGCAAGGAGGAAACCGAGGCGCAGCGGGCUGCACAAACAGGAGUUGGUCCCAGCAGCCAGCCUAUGGAGCUCCGGUUUGUCCCAGAACAGGAGUUGGAGGAAGAGUCUGAGAAACCUCGGGCAGCGGCGGCGACCCCAGUCAACAAAUGUGGACAGUCCUCUCCUGCCAGGUCAAGCUCGCAGACUCGUUCGUCUUCUGACAAAGCCAAACGGGCUGUAUCAACAGGCCGAAACCCUCGGGCGACUAAGAAAAAGAGGACGGCAGCUGCCACCGCUGUUUCAGAAGAGACGUUUAUUUCUCCAACCCUUCUCACUUGGGUCGUCAGUGCUGGAGUCGUCGUGCUCGUAUCCGUAGUUGGCUUUGGAGCCGGUUACGUUAUUGGGCGCGAGGUAGGCCGCCAGGAGGGCCUGACUGCCAGUGUCAGCAGCGUCAAUGAAACUGCAUCCUCCGGCCGCGACGUUCUUCGCUCAUCAGGCGGAGGUUUAAGACGAUUCAGAUGGGGCGAUGUCGGACGAAGCAUUGUCGCCCAAGCGUGA